CAAAAGGCUGCAGGGGAUGGCAUCUACUGAUAGCUAUGUUGCGAGACGAGCGACUGAUUAUCCCCGAAAGGUAUCCCUGGGCAUUUGUUGCUUUUGAGUCAGAACGCAGCAGUGUGGUGAAGACAAAGUGAGUCGAAUUUGAGUGGAGAUGUACCGCAUGAUGGUCAUUUACAGAUUCUUAACACUCCUUGAAAGAAGAAGUUCUCCACCUUUUGCUCUUGAUGUACUAAUACUGUUCUUCCUGGGACAUUCUACCAAUAAGAGGGUCACUGUCGACGACUGGGACGAGAUUUACUCAACUUUUACUUGACUUUCUUCCCACAAAGCAUGACUUAUGUGCAUCCUUUUUUCUCAGAGAGGUCAACAAUAUCCGCACUCAGAGCAACAACAACCUCUCUUCUCCAAGUAUUGGGGUCUCUGGUUGGCCGGGGCAGGUCACCCCAGUGUUCCUGCCAGUUUGGUCGACACGGAACCCAUUCACUUCUUCCUUUGCAACACCUCUCCUUGCACUGGUUCUAUUUCUCCCUCGGGGACAGUCUUCUACUUCUCUCACACAUCGAAAGGACACGAUCAUUUAUUUCAUCUCCGGCUACUACUCGGGUCUCUUGAUCACCUCUCGUUUCUUAAAGCUAUCUCUCAUCCCAUAACAACCUUCCAUUUAAAUCUUGAGUCUGAGAGAACGAGCAAUAGCCGCCAAGGUGCUCUUUGCCUUGUCUUGUGUCUGACCACCUUAUCGUCGUCUUUGAGGUUAGGCGUCGUGAGUUUCGCUUUCUGCAUAAUCAAGAUGCCUGGUGACCGCGGAUCCCGUUUCUGUCGUUUUUGCUCCAGACCUGGUCACGAAGAUACGCAUUGUAACUUCCUUACACUUUGUCGGGGCCUCUAUGAACUUUCUCUCAUGGUAUCGCACCGGCCUGGAACCAGAGUUAACCUCACGGAAACUCAAAGAGCUCUCGAUAGAAUCGUGACCCGUCGUAACAGAAACAGAAGGCGAGCUAUAAGACGGCGCGAGCGUGUUCGAGCAAGAAUCACGGAUGUUGCAAGGCGUGGAAAUCAUGCUCUAGAUAUUAGCCGACGCGGUCCUAUCCAUGCUGCCGCAUCAAUGCGCAGUGUUCCAUCAACCAUGCUGAGACUGCCUGCUAUUCCCCCGACUGCACUGACCUCUGGCCCCGCGAAUGCCCAAGUCAUUCCAGGGGAAGAAAUGACGUUGCCUGCUCACCACCUACCGAGCCUACCUGCCCCUGAGGCAGAGAGCGUAUCAUCAGUCCCAACUGCAACUAGUGACACUGACGUGACCAUGGGUGUCGAAAGAGAGCUUGAAAUUAGUACAAACGCAUUAGAUGCCAGUCGGUCAGAAUCUGCGGAUGAUCUGAUCGUUCUCGAUACGCUCGACACAGCUGAUGAUUUCGUGGUGAUAAACUCAAGUCAGACUAACGAAAUAAUCGAAAAUCACUGCGCAGAGUUGUUUACUAUUGUGUAGCAAGUCCUCUUGUGACCAGGAAGGACUGGAGGAAUCUCACUCGAUAAUUCGCAACGUCUGUGACAGCUGCUGCAAGUCCCAGCCAUGAGA